CGUCGAUCUCCAUGCGCCUUAUAAAAAAAAAAAGAUUCCAAAAAGGCAUUAGCCCUUCACAGUCCGCGAAGAAACCGUCUAGAAAUAUCCAACGUCAAUGCUUAAAAUGGAGUCCGCGGAGUCCUGAUAAGGCAUCCAAGGCACCGCAACCCAGAGGAGCAAGUCGAUGCGGAUUAUGCCGCCGAUUGGCCCUGCUGUCCGUUCGACAGGAAGUCGAUGAGGUUCGUGAUUUGCGCCGCUUCAUUUAGAUGUGGCCAGAGUGUUUCCUGGCGCACGCUUGGACUCGCGUCGACUUACCCGAUGGGGAUACAUCUGUGGGGAAGGGCGGCAGACGAGCUGUAUGGCCUAUCUCUGCUUUGGUUUUAUCUACAACGAUUAGAUGAUACUCGAGAGAUAUGACAGUGUGCUCACUCGGGAUGGAAGUCGUCAGAAUCGGGCUGGAAUCUCAGCAACAUUGUUAUACCUUCCAAAUGGAGCAUGUCCAUGCGGAUGCACCGAGGGUCGAUGGGAGGAUAAAUAGCUUCACGAAGCCUCACGACGAGGUUGUGAAGGUCAAUUCAACAGAUCACUUCAAGUUCGUCUCAUCUUUAUCAUGGCCUGUUGUGCUGCUCGAAAAGCUCCUCUUGCGGAGCCCCAUCCGUUAGAUCAACUUUCCAUUGAAGAAAUUCCUCUCGCUGCCUCAAUUAUCCGCAAAUAUGCUCAUCCAAAACAGCUCAAGUUCAAUUGCAUCACCCUCCGCGAACCCUUAAAAGCCGAGUACCAAGCAUUCCGGAAAGGCCUUGCGCCCCGUCCUGACCGACGUGCUUUCGCUAUCGUCUUAGAAAAGGGAACGGCCAAGGUAUCCGAGGUCGUUGUCAACCUGAUCACCAAACAGGUCGAAUUUUGGAAAGACGUGAAAGAUGUUAUGCCAACACUGACACUGGAGGAUCUGGAUAUCAUCGAGCGUGUGGCCCGGACGGAUCCCCGCGUUAUUGAAGUGUGCCGGGAAAUUGGCAUCACAGACAUGUCCAAAGUCUACUUCGAUGCAUGGGCUAUUGGGAUUGACCACCGCUGGGGCUAUGAGAGGAGGUUGCAGCAGGCACUGGCAUACUAUCGAUCUUCCAAGUAUGAUAACCAGUAUGCCCAUCCGCUGGACUUUGUAGUCGUGGCCGAUACCGAGACCGAAGAGAUUCUUUCCGUCGAUGUGCGGCGGGUAAAUGGGGAGCGGACCCCCGUGCCGCUGGACGAGCACAACUAUCUCCCAGAGUUUAUCCAGGAUGGAUAUCGAGCAGAUCGUCUCAAGCCAGUAGAUAUUACCCAGUCACAGGGCGUGUCAUUCCGGAUGAAUGGCAAUGAGAUCGAGUGGGCUGCGUUCAAGAUGCACAUUGGAUUCAACUACCGCGAAGGUAUUGUCCUGUCGGAUGUGCGGGUACACGAUCCCUAUGAGAACCGGGAACGGACAUUGUUCAACCGCAUAAGUGUUGUUGAGAUGGUUGUUCCGUACGGCUGUCCCAAGCCGCCACACCACAAGAAACACGCAUUUGACGUCGGGGAGUACGGUACGGGUCUGAUGACAAACUCACUCGAGCUGGGAUGUGAUUGCAAGGGCGCCAUCCACUAUUUGGACGCUGUGCUCUCCACCUCGAAGGGUGACGCAUCAGUCAUCAAAAAUGCUGUGUGCAUCCACGAAGAAGAUAACGGCAUCCUGUACAAGCAUACCGACUUCCGCGAUAACUCCUCCAUCUCUGCCAGAGACCGCAAGCUCAUCAUCUCUCAGAUCAUCACAGCGGCCAACUACGACUAUGCCUUCUACCACAUCUUCACGCUCGACGGCACAUAUAAGCUGGAGAUGAAACUCACCGGCAUGCUAAAUACUUAUUGCCUACACCCGUCAGAGAAGGCUGAGCCAUACGGCACAAAUAUUGCCAGGAAUAUCGACGCACAGAAUCACCAACAUAUCUUCUCUCUACGAGUCGACCCCGAGAUCGACGGUAACAACAACUCAGUCAUACAAACCGACGCCGUCCCUUCAGAUGACCCAGUGGGCUCAGAGGCCAACCCAUUCGGCAACGCUUUCUAUGCCAAAAAGACUCCUCUCCGAACAUCUCUGGAAGGGGCUGUCAACUACUGCCACGAGACGAGCAGAGCGUGGGACAUUGUUAACCCCAGAAAACUUAACCCAGCAUCCAAGAAGCCCGUCGGAUACAAGAUCAUCAACAACCAGUGUCCCGGUCUCCUCCCGAAACCAGGCAGUGUCGUACAUAAACGAGCUGGAUUCGCAACCAAAUCGCUCUGGGUCCUACCCUACCGAGACUACGAAUUAUACCCAGCUGGAGACUACGUGUGCCAGUCCACAGGUGAAUUGAACCACCCGCAUAACCCAACAAUCGUGGAUUGGGCGAACCGGAACGAAUCAAUCGAGAAUACGGAUAUUGUCUGCUACAUUCAAUUUGGAUUGACGCAUUUUCCACGCACAGAGGACUUCCCUAUCAUGCCCGCCGAACCGGUGGGUGUGAUGAUGCGCGCGUCGCAUUUCUUCGAGAAGAAUCCGGCCUUGUGGGUGCCUCCGUCGACGGUGGUGAUGGAUAAGACGUCGAGGAACGCAUUUCCGACGUGUGAGGUGCCUGCCGUCAAAGGAGUGUCUAAACUUUAAUUUAAUUUUGUAUAUACAGCGUAAUGUACAGAGUUUAUAUGUGGGUAAUUCACAAUUUUAUUGACUUUUGAUAUGCUGUCUUCUGGACAUUGCAACUAUUCAAUAUCUCUCUUUCAAAUAAAGAAUGGAACAGACAGAAAUCUAUUUAG